AACAUUUAUGCCGCGCAACCACCAUUGCACACCUUCCUUCUUCCAUCGCUUGCCCCGAAACCCAGCCUCAAGAACGACAAGAAGAUAAAGAAGCGUUUCUUAACGGAGUGAAUUUUUGUAAUGGACUCCGCCGAGUCGUCGUUGCUCGAAUCGUUUAAGACGAAGAAGGUUCUGCAUUCCAGUUCGAAGCCAAAUCCUUCGCCGGAGAUUAAGUCUCCGGCGGACCGGGAUCCAUGGAGCUCCAAGACCCCUGAGAAGCCGGUCAAUGCUCCUCGCCGGAGUCGAAACGGCAACUCCGCGCUCUCCUUGAAACAAGUCCGACAGGCGGCGCUAAAGCUCCGGAAAUCAGAUCCGGAACGGCCAUCUCAAGCAGAUCCACUUUUGAGCUCCGCCGCCGGGCAGAUUGGUUCCCAGCCUGAAUCUCCGCCUGCAAAGCCUAAGAAGUCCGACGGUCCAGCAAAGCUGCCGGAAAAGUACGAGAUUUUGGGUGAAUUCUUCAAUAGCUUGGAUAGUUCUAUCCGGCUGCUACGAAUGAAGGGAUCAAAGACAACAUUUACAAACAUUAGUCCCAAAAUCGAGUGUUUAACCGACAGGAGGUUUUCUCACAGCCAUCUAGCUCAGUUGAAGUUUAUUUUACCUGAAGCCAUCGAGGUUACGAAGAUCCUCGUCCAUGAUGAACGCACGAGCUGUAUGAAGCCUGAUCUUCGUAUUAAUCUAAAUGCCAGUGCGAUUGGGGACAAUGGAAAGGUGAAAUCUGGGAAUGGGAAUUUGGAGUUGAGGAAAGUUUUCCGGGCUCGACUUUUGGAUUUCUUCAAAUCCCAUCCAGAGGGAGAUGAUAUUCCAGAGGAGGAAUUACCAUAUCCCUUCAAUCAAUCAAAGCCACCGGUGCCUUCUGGUUCGGGUGGUGAGGCGAGAAAUGAAGUUGUGUCUGAGAUUGGUGGCAUUGGCAUUAUCGUCAACCUGUCUAAACCCCCGGCUUCAACCUCCCACCUCUCUCGUUCUUUCGGGAGCUUCUCCCAGCGCUGCAGGGCGGAGGACACCAAGAAAGAACAAACGGUUUCUGUCAAUCUUCCCCCCGAGAGGAAAGCUUCUAAAUCUUGUGUUGAGAAGGAUUUGCGUCUCUCAAAAGUCGAGGAAGGUUCAUUCUUGAGUGGUGAAGGGACACCAACUAAACUCGCAUCCACCCCAGCAAAACCGGUGAGCUCCACACCCGCUCUUCGACCUCCCAAGAGAUGUUAUAUGACUCCAGAAGACGACGAUUCAGCUAAAUCUCCAAACAAACUAGUUAGGCGCCCUUCCAGGGCGGUCAGGCAGAUCUUUGACACUCCAGUGAAGAACGAAGGUAGUGAGACCGAAAGACUUUCAGCUCGUGAUGAUGUAUAUGAUCUCCCCGAGGAUCUCCUGGAAUCAAUAAGAGAAAAGGAAAGGAAAGCGCUCGAGGAAAAAGAUCCCGCCAUCUCACAAGCAAAAUGGAGGAAACAAAUGCUUGCAGGGCUACCGAAACUGUUUGACACAAUUUAUUUCCUGUUUCAAUCGAUCAGACGCUCUGUCAUCACCAAGGAGGAAUUUAUGCACAAGAUCGUUUCAAGCCACCUAGGAACUGUUGAUACUAGAGAAAUCGAAGAGCAACUCAGAUUACUGCAUGAACUAGCGCCAGAAUGGAUCCAUGAAAAGCCAGCAUCAAGUGGCGAUCUCCUCAUAUGUGUUAACAAGAUCCCGGGCCCUGAAUCAAUACGCUUGAGACUUGCAGAUGCAAAGUGAAAUCGGGGAGGAUGAAGUAACAGUUGUAGAUAAUCUUGUUUGAGGCUUAUUAAAUGGGGCUACCAUGGAAGAAGAAGAAGAAGAAGAAGAAUGCAGCCUUGAUGGCUUGCUAACUUAAAUUUUACUUUUUGUUUCAAUAUUUAUUGUAGUGGUAAGCUUAUUGUGAAGUUGAUAGUAGAUCAAGGUUAACUUUGUUGUAAGUAAUUACUUGCCAGCUUUUGUAAUUUUGAAGUUUUUACCCAUUUGGGACAAUGGGUACCAAAUUUGCAAGUUGCAACAUUCUCAAAAUAAAAUACUUUUGGUUGCACAA